UUUUGAAAUAUUUAAUGAGAGACUUUACAUAGCUUAUAUAGGAAAUAAAGGAGAGAUCUUCCUAUCUUUCAAUGAGAACAUGAAUACCUGGAACUCUAUCCAAAAACUUGAGUGGAAUAUUGAUGGUGCUGCAAGCUUGGCAGCAUUUCAGGACAAACUUUAUUUAGCUUUUGUGAAAAAACAAGGCAAAUAUUAUAAAAUAUUUAUUUCUUACUCUAAAGAUUGCAUCAAUUGGAUUGAUCCUUUUGCAACUGACUUGGAUCUGUAUACACAUUUUUCUGUUGCUUUAAAAACAUUUAAGGAUAAUCUUUAUAUGGUGCAUGUAGGAUCUUCAUAUGAAAUAAAUAUUUCUUGUACUGGUGAUGGAAUCAAUUGGCAUAAACCAUACAUGACUAAUCCCCAAUAUAUUUCACAUUCCUCUUUCUUAUUAGAAAAUUUUUAUAACAAACUUUAUUUAACAUAUUUUUAUGGAGAAUGGAAUAAUUGGAAGAUCU